GUAGAGGAGGGAGCAAGCAGCUGAGCUUCAACCACGAGACCUUGGAAAGGAGCAGGGGGCCUCGCGGAAAUCUCAGGGCUGAGGGGGGGCCCUGACCGCCACAGCUGCUGCUCCCGGAGUCUCAGUGCGCUCCCCCACCCCACCUCCAGCCCUGCCCUGCCCUGCCCGGGCCAGCACUUCUGACCUCUCCAUCAGAGGCUUGGAAGCGGCUCCAUCGGCCUCCUUCCUGCCUCCGAGGGACGGGCCAUGCUGCACCCGUGAGCCCAUCCUCCUGGGUCCCAUUCGCACAGGCAGCCGCCUGGGCCCCCUCGCAGCACCAAAACCCACCCCAGGAACUCCCUGGAGGCCCCUGCUCUCCUUUCCUCAUCGCUGCCGCCAUGACCUUCUCGGAGAUCCUAGAGAGGGUGGGCAGCCUGGGGCCCUUCCAGUUCAUGCAUGUGCUUCUGCUGUCCCUCCCGGUCCUCUUCAUGGCCAGCCACAACCUGCUUCAGAUCUUUACGGCAGCCACGCCGCCCCAUCACUGCGUGCCGGCCCACAAUGCCACCUCCCUGGCCUCAGCCCUGCCGGUCGGGCCCAACGGGGAACCCGACCGGUGCCUGAGGUUCACCCACCCUCCGGUGGAAGGGCCGCUGGGCCCCUCCAACACCACCUUCCCCAACGGAACCUGGGGCCACACGGAGCCCUGCCUGGACGGCUGGAUCUAUGACAGGAGUACAUUUGCCUCCACCAUCGUGACGGAGUGGGACUUGGUGUGCAACUCCCGCCAGAUGAAGGAGAUGGCCCAGUCCUUUUACAUGGGCGGCAUCCUGGUUGGAGGGAUAGUGUUUGGCAGCUUGUCGGACAGAUUUGGCCGGAAGCCCAUCCUCACCUUCAGCUACCUUCUGCUGGCUGUCAGCGGCACCUGCUCAGCCUUCUCGCCCAGCUUCCUGUCCUACACCUUCUUUCGUUUCUUGGCCGGAUGCAGCCUCUCAGGCAUCUCUCUUAGCACUGUGAUCUUGUGCGUCGAAUGGGUACCUACCCACAUUCGGGCCAUCCAGUCUACAAUCACCGGCUACUUCUACACCAUCGGUCAAUUCAUCCUUCCGGGCUUGGCAUAUACCAUCACUGAGUGGCGAUGGCUGCAGUUCGUGGUAUCAACUCCAUUCUACGUCUUCUUCCUUUCGUCCUGGUGGGUGGCUGAGUCUGUUCGAUGGCUGGUCCUGACCGGGAAGUCCCCGAAGGCCCUGAAGGAGCUCCAGAGGGUUGCAGCUUUCAACGGCAGGAAGGAAGAGGGAAAGAAACUCAGCCUGGAGGAACUGAAACUCAACCUUCAUAAGGAGAUCGCCUCAAGCAAGACCUCCUACGGCAUGCUCAGCCUCUUCCAAAACUCCGCCCUGCGCCGGAUAUCUUGCUGCAUCUCUCUCAUUUGGUUUGCCACAGGAUUUGGGUACUACAGCCUGGCCAUGGGCGUGGAGGACUUUGGAGUCAACAUCUACAUGCUCCAGAUAAUUUUUGGUGGUGCUGACAUCCCAGCCAAGUUCGUCUCUGUCCUCUUCCUGAGCUACGUGGGCCGACGGAUCACCCAGGGCGCCUGCCUCCUCUUGGCCGGCACUGCCAUCCUGGCCAACAUCUUUGUGCCCUCAGACAUGUCGACGAUACGGACCAGCCUCGCUGUCUUUGGGAAGGGAUGUCUUUCCAGCUCCUAUAACUGCCUCAUCCUGUACACCAGUGAGCUGUAUCCCACAGUAAUCCGCCAAAGAGGAAUGGGCCUGGGCAACCUCUGCACCCGAAUGGGCAGUAUGGUAGCCCCGCUGGUGAAGAUCACAGGCGAAAUGAUACCUUUCCUUCCAGCCCUCAUCUAUGGGCUCGUUCCCGUUCUGGGGGGUAUAACUGCCUUCUUCCUGCCAGAGACCCUCAACACGGCCCUUCCAGAGACGAUAGAAGAUCUCGAAAGACGACACAAACAGAACACUCUCUCCUUGGCCUCACUUGUAUCCUGCUCUCUCGGGCAUCUGACUCAUGCAGAAGUGCUGACAUAGUUGGGAACUGGGGAAAAAGCCAGAAGAGACAGAGGUUCAGAAUAUCCCUCUGCAAUCCUAUGAACCUGAAAAAGAGACCAGCUGAGAGAAGGACGAUGGACAAACGGGAGGCCCCCUUUCCCCAUCCUCACCAAGGACCAUACUCAACCCCUAGAACGCAGCCGUGGCUUAUCCCCCACCCAGCAUGGGCUUGGACUGACCUUUGCCACCCAGAGGCCCUGCUCCACCCCACCCCCACCCUAAGCCCUUGGCCAGGGCCAUCCUGGGCCUCCGAGUGCCUGAGACCCUCCACAGGGGCUGGACAAAGGGAGGCAGGAAUUCUCCACCCUGUGCAGUGCUCCCUCUGUCUCUGUCUCUGAUUCUCUGUCUCUAAUAUACACAUAUAUACAAGCCUCUUCCCAUCAGCCCCACUCAUAGGAUGGGAGGGUGUAGAUCUGGGGGGCCCUUAGAGAGAGACGGGGACAGCCAAGCAAGGGAGUGAGUCUGGAGGCCAAGGACCCCAGUUUGACUCUUGCAUUUACCAUGCCACCUAGGGGACUUUGGGCAAAUCAGGCCUCAGUUUCCUCAUCUGUCAAAUGAAGAGGUUGGAAUAUAUGACCUCCAUGGUCUCCUCCAGCUCUAAAUCUAUGUCCCUGUGUGACCCCCCACCCACCCCCAAUUCAUGGAGGAGGAAAAGGAUGUCGAGUGACUAAGUGAACACCACCAAGAUUCGAAUCCAAGCCUUCUGUCUCCAAAUCCCUGCACCGCACUGCCAACUUCCUCUGCCCAGGCCACCAAGUGGCCUUUGGUCCAGCCGGUCUUUCUGGAGCCCUGCUCAGACAUCAACUCCCCCCAGCCUCUGCUUGCCCUCUGCACGGCCCCAGCACCCUUGGCGGCAGCAUCAAAGCCCUUUGAGGCCUGCCCCUAGGGGCCUUGCCUUCCUCCCCAAGAGCAUUAAAAGCUUCACAGUGAUGGGCCUGGGGGUGAGGGCUGACCAUACCUAUAUGAAUGCUGGAUGUAUUGUGUGUAUGUAUGUAUGUAUGUGUGUGAGAGAGAGACAGAGAGAGAGGAAACAGAGGGAGGGGAGAGAGAGGAGAGAGGGAGAGACAGAGAGAGAGGAGAGAGAGAGGGAGGGGGGGAGAGACAGAGAGGCAGAGAGAGAGCCCGAGCUAGAAAAGCCCCCAAGCAAGUAGGAAGCUCCCUGGUUCACUCUCCACCAAAGAAUGGGGGAUUCAUCAUGUGCACACAGGAAAUGGGGGAUUCUCUUGCAAAGACCAAGCCCCCUGGGGGGCCAGUGGUUCCAGGUCUUUAAAGCUGUGUCCAUGAACAGACAACCAUGUUCUAUGAGCAGCAGAAGACCAGAAGCCCGAGCAGACAUGAACAAAAGUUUUAGUGUUCUUCUCAAAUAAAAAUUCCAACCAAUUCCA